AAGACUAAGCUCAUUAGCAUGCCGCACGAUUGACUCGAAGAAUCAAAACUUGAGACCUCGCUGUGAGUAAUAUUCGCUGGAACUCCCUCCCAAGUGGUGACCAGCAGUGAUUCAGACACAUGCUCAUAAUGGAGAAUUUCCUAUAAAUACUAGUAAGGUACACGCGGCUGACUCAUUCAUGCAAAACCACUCAAAGCGCGCGCGUUCCCUGAAAUAAGCGAGGCCGGCAUUUUUCUUAAAAAUCUUUUUUUAUACCUUUUUUUUGUUUCUGGAAAAAUCAUAAAACCUACAAAGGCCCAGUGAUAAGAUAAUCAAGCAGUUGGGAGUGAGAAAAAUUGUGCGUCAAGGUAUAAAAAAGUGGCAGUUGAUCGAUACACCUGCUAGUGAGUUGUUGGACUUUUAGUUUUGUGCAAAAAUUUCCUGUGUGCGCGCGUGAAAAUGACCCCACCGGAAAUUAUGUGUCCAACCCCACCUCCACCACCACCCCCACUAUUAGCCACCCAACCCUCUGCCAAUGGACACGGGGAUAUCACCCUCGGAAGGGCGGAACUCAUGCAGGCCAUCCGCAAUGGAACAAACCUAAAGACAACACCCAAGGAAAAAUCAUUAUAUACCCAGACUUCCAAAGAAGCAUUACAGAUAAAUGGACACUCUAAUGGACAUUCACAUGAAGAGCCACAAAAAGUGAUAAACGGUAUGGAUAAGAUUCAAAAGGAGCUUAGUGAGCAUUUUAGGGCAAAAGAAAACGGAACGUUACCAAGAAAACCACCAGCAAUGCAACCAAUUGUGAAACGUCUACUCACCGAAAAGCCCACAGAGUCAGCACGGAAGGACGAUAGUGAGCGAUUGAUGUUGAGCCAUGGGAAGAGGAAUUUCGUUGUGAAGAAACAAAUUCCUGCUACUCCUACCACCAAUGGUUGUUCAAGCACCAACACCGCCGCACCUUCCACGGAGAGGCCAGGGAAAAAGAAAGAUUUUCCAGUUGCAAAUGAAAGUAUAACAAAAGUUCAAGAGGAUUGCAAACCUGCAGUGGCAGAGAACUCGGCUAAAGCAGUUGACGUUCCCAUUUUGGCCAGUACGCAGUGUCCAGAUGUCGCCAAGAAGCCAGCAGAAGCACCUGAAAUGAAUAAUAAUACGUCAAUUAAGGCAGAUAAGAAAAUCCCAACACCACUCAAACCUCUUCAGAUGCCAACGUCACAGCAACAAGUUACAAAAUCACCGGAUAUUACGAAGAUCAUCAAGACACCCACAACACCCAAAACACCCAUGUCACCGCAGUCAAAACUAAAGAUCACCCAUGGGAAACGAAAUUUUACCCUUCCGGGGAGGAUAAAGGGCACCAAGGAACAUUCGCAGAAGCCAACAGCUGAAUUCUUAGCGGUGAAACUGCGUGAGAUCCCCAAUAGUCCCCUCCAGGAAGCCACACAACAAGUAACAGUGGACAGUCCAUGUACGGACACAGUCAAUCUUCCACCCUUUAGAUCAGCCACCCUUGGGAGAAAACGUGAGGAUCCCCCACCAAAUCCCAUGGUUCCCGCUGCUCCAACGUACGAUGCACCCAAAUACGACCAGAAGCUCGUUGUUUCCUUCGCCAUGGAUCUCGCAGCAACACCCAAUCGCUACCCGGAUCGCGUUAAAGUAUCCCCCCCGCGAGCCUCACCGGAAAUACCCCAGGAAUUGGCUCAGCUGCGUCAGAAAAAAUUCACCAUCGACCCAAAUCGCUUCAGUGUUUAUCAAGAUUAAGAAAUAUGUAAAUAAAAUAAAAUGCCAUAAGUGGUUUAUUGUAGCUUUGUUUUAUCAUUUUUUUUUAGUUUUUUGUAAAUAAAUAUGAAUUUAAAAUACAAAAUACUAAAUUUGAUUAAAUUGAUUCUCAAUAGAUGGAGUUAAAGUGCAAAAAAAACUCCAACAGGUGGCAUUGAUUUUUUUCUUAUUAUCAAAGCCAUUAAAAAAAGAUAUUGAAGGAAAUUCAUGAAUAAAAAACAUAUUUUGUAAAAAAAAAAAAACAAUAAAAUUGGUCUCUUGGGAAAGCUGUUAGAAUUUACACAUUUUUAAUGUUGUCAUUUUUCUUGGGGUUUUUUUUUUAAAUUUGAUUUUCCAAUGUUGAUUACAUUUAUAGACUAAUUAUUGAAGUGUAAAAAAAUCACUUUUCGCCAUUUUAAGUGCGACGCCAUCUUGUGAUUUUUCGACUUUUCCACAGAACUGUCCAAAAGCACAAAACAAAGAGACUUUGGGAGUACAUAACUCCUUCCGGAAGCGUCGGCAGGGAACCCGCUUCUUAAUGCAGCAGAAUUAAAAUAACCAUUUCUGGAGCUUUCGACGCAGUUUGCGCGUCUUCCUCACAGCGGUCAUUAAAGUCUAAUUUUGGCGGAUUGCAUUAACGCGUAUAUCUCGCUUAGCGAAAUAUUGGAGGGCUUUUCGGAUUUUUCCUCUACUUUUUCACAAUUUUCCUCAAAUUUCAGCAUUUACAACUCUUUACUGGACGUACUGGAUUCUUUUUCUCUUCAUAAAGAGAAAAAUGUGACUUUUGUUCAGAUAUUUUUGGCAUUUUUCUACUUUUUUCAGCCCCAGAAAGGAAAUUCAAAAUUCUGUUACAUCAGACAUUGGUAUUUCCUCUUUCAUUUGCUUUUUACCCCAUCUAAAUCCAUCCGGUAGAUCCUGAGAAAAACCUACCUUUGUGUUUUGAGGAAAAUCACAAGAUGGCGUCGCACCCAAGAUGGCCGAAAGUAAUUUUCUUACUCUUUAAUAAUAAGUCUUUAAAUGUAACCAACACUUGAAAAACAAGUUUAAGAAAAACCCCAAGAAAAAUAAAAACAUUUAAUUUCACCAGCUCUCACAAGAGACCCCCCUUAAAUUAGGUAAUGUAAACCAUAUGGGAUUGCAUAAUCUCCUUUAAUUUAGAUAAGCAAAGCUACUAAUAAACCACCAAACACUUACUGCUUUUUUGUGAUAAGAAUUUGAAUUUUUAUUCCAUAAAGAUUUUCUCUGUCAGCAAAAUUCAUUUUUCAUUAAACUGUUUCUUAUUUUUUUCUUUUCUUUUAGUAAAAUCCAUUAAAGAGUAAUAUUUGUUUGUUUCAUCUUCUCUACAAUUACAUCUCAUGUCACUAAAAAAUAAUACAGUUAAAGUUGAAUGCAAAAAUUCGUCAAUCUGAAAUUCUACGAUGAAGAAAACUAAUUCCAUUUAAUUUUUGCAAUAAGGAGCUUUUAGACAAAAUUCUCUCGUUUUUUUUGCUUUUAAGUUUGUUAAUUCUACAAGGUACACCAUAUAUUUUAAAUAUUAUUCAAAUUGUGUGAAUGACAUUUUUUUUUUAUAAAUCUCUACAAGUUUAAAUUCUCUGAAAAUGUUAAUAGAUUUAAUUUUUUUGUUUGUUUUUUUUUAUAAAUCUUCCAAAAAAAAGUUUUUCAACCAAUUUUCUUUAUGUCCAUGGAAUUAAUUUUCUUUUCUCUUAUCAAGUUAUUUCUUAUCAGCUUUUCAAGACAUUUUUUCAUCUGCAAUUCUUAAUGCUUCCUGUCCUUACAUUUUUUUAUCUACUCGUAAAUAUUGAUUUUUAAUCGCCAUUCUACAUUCUACUUUCUAAGGAAUCACAUGCAACAUUCUUUUAUCUUCACAAUUUUCUUCUCCCAUUCUAUGAUUUUUUUUAAUCCUUUUUUUUUUUAGACAACUUUGAGGAUCAAAUUUUUCAACUUUCGCUUGACCUCUCGCCCCAUCUUGGCUGCACUGAAAUAUUACUUUUAAGCAUCUCUUUAGGGACAUUUUGAAUUACAAUAAAUUGCAUAGAAUUUUCACCAGAACAUUCCAAUUUAGAUGGAUUUUUUUUUUAAAAAUGUUUCGAAACAUUCAUUUACUUUUGAACCAAUUUUUUUUAAUAAAAUAUUAAAGAUUUUCAUGAGUUUUCGUUAAGGGGGGUCUCUUGGGAAAAUUGUUAGAAUUUACAUAAUUUUUAAUGAUGUAAAUUUCGGGGUUUUUCUUAAACAUGGUUUUCCGAUGUAGGUUACAUUUGAAGCGUAAUUAUUGAAGUGUAAGAAAAUCACUUUUCGCCAUCUUAGGUGCGACGCCAUCUUGUGAUUUUCCGACUUUUCCAUAGAACUGCCCUAAAACACAAAGGUAGGUUUUUCUCAGGAUCUACUGGAUGGAUUUUGAUUGGGUAAAAAGCAAAUGAAAGAGGAAAUACCAAUGCAGAUUUUGAUGUAGCGGAAUUUUGAAUUUCCUUUCUGGGGCUGAGAAAAGUGGAAAAACGUCAAAAAUAUCAGAAAAAAGUCACAUUUUUCCACUUUUCUCAGCCCCAGAGUGGAAAUUCAAAAUUCUGGUACAUCAAAAUCUGCAUUGGUAUUUCCUCUUUCAUUUGCUUUUUACCCCAUCAAAAUCCAUCCAGUAGAUCCUGAGAAAAACCUACCUUUGUGUUUUGAGGAAAAUCUCAAGAUGGCGUCGCAUCUAAGAUGGCGGAAAGUGAUUUUCUUACUCUUCAAUAAUUGGGCUUCAAAUGUAACCAAUAUUGAAAAACCAAGUUUAAGAAAAACCCCAAGAAAAAUAAAAAUAUUUAAUUUCACCAGCUCUCACAAGAGACCCCCCUUAAAUACCGAAGAAUAAAAGGAGUUUAUUCAUUAUUCUGUGGGAAACCCCCUCCUAAAAAAAAAACAAUUGGAAAACGUGUAAUAUUGCAUAGGAUCAAUGAAGAAUUAUAAAUCGCCACAGACAUCCCAUUUUACAAAGAAGUCAGCUUGGAAAAAAGCAAAUAUUUGUCCAAAAUUAUACACAAUGACGUCACUAUGUGUGUUUUUUUGACUGUAAUUCUCUUUUUACCUCUCAAUGCAUAAAGCACGGAAUUAUUCAUUUAUCGACAUAAAAUUAGUCGUGAAUGUUUCAUUCAUUAAAAAACAUUUAAAAAUACUCAGUGGUGACGUCAUCGUUAGCGUUUUUGAGCAAAUCUUUUUUUUUUGGAUUUCCCAGCUGAUCAUUAAUGAAAUAGGAAUUCUCAUUGGCAAAUUCAUAUUCUUUUCUGAUUCUCUACAGGAAAAUGCUUUGAUUCCCAAUUGUAUGCUCGAAUGUAAGUUUAGCUCACAUAAAAUGAAUAAACUCCUUUGGAGUACAAGUUUUUUGUUUAGAAACUCAUAUUUAAUGGAUUUUUUUUACGAUUUUUAUCAUUAUUUCUGUGUAAUUUCCUUAAAAAUAAAAUAAAACAGAAAUAGUCCAGAAAAAAAAAUCUCAAAUCCAUCUAAAUCAGUUCAGAGUGAUUACUGAAACUUCCUCAGUUUCUUCUACACUUAUUUUUUCACAAUUUUAUUUUCUCUUCCCAACAAACACAGAGAAAGUUAUAUAUGUAUUCAUUUAUUAUUAUUUUUAAUCUUAUUUAACAAUUAGGUUUAUUUUUUAUUUUAUGCAGAGUAAUAUCAUUUUGUUUUUUUAUCUUUUCCUUAAAAUUGAGUACAAUACUCUCUCUCUCUCUCUUUCUCUCUAUAAAAUCGUAUAAUAUGAGAUUUCCAUCCGUUAAAAAAAAAACAAAA